CUUUGUUCGGCAUUGUCCGUGCCCACCUGAGCGCCGCCUUUCCGGGAAGUCGGCCACCGUGGCCACAGCACACCUGGUGCGCGCCAGUCUGCACUCCGUGCGCUCGGUGCCCGGCGAGCCGGAGGGGCACACGCAGCUCUCUAUCAACAUGCCCUCUUUCCUGUUGCUGGGAGCCCUGUGCACCUUCCUGUUUUCCAGAGUGCCCCCAUCCCUCCCUCUUCAGGAAGUCCAUGUGAGCAGGGAGACCAUUGGGAAGAUUGCAGCUGCCAGUAAAAUGAUGUGGUGCUCAGCUGCCAUGGACAUCCUCUUCCUGUUGGAUGGCUCUCACAGUGUUGGGAAAGGGAGCUUUGAAAGGUCCAAGCACUUUGCCAUCACAGUCUGUGAUGCUCUGGACAUCAGUCCCGAGAAGGUCAGAGUGGGAGCAUUCCAGUUUGGCUCUACUCCUCAUCUGGAAUUCCCCUUGGAUUCAUUUUCAACCCGACAGGAAGUGAAGGCACAAAUAAAGAGGAUGGUUUUCAAGGGAGGACGCACAGAGACAGGCCUUGCUCUGAAAUACCUUCUCCGAAGAGGAUUCCCCGGGGGCAGAAAUGGCUCUGUGCCCCAGUUACUGGUCAUUGUCACCGAUGGGAAGUCCCAGGGGCAGGUGGCACUGCUGGCCAAGCAGCUGAAGGAAAAGGGCAUCACCGUGUUUGCGGUGGGCGUCCGGUUUCCCAGGUGGGAGGAGCUGCGCACGCUGGCCAGUGAGCCCCCUGAGCAGCACGUGCUGUUGGCUGAGCAAGUGGAGGACGCCACCAACGGCCUCCUCAGCGCCCUCAGCAGCUCUGCCCUCUGCAGCACUGCUGCUCCAGACUGCAAGGUCCAGGCUCACCCCUGCGCGCACAAGAUGCUGGAGACCGUCAGGGAGCUGGUUGGCACUGCCCCGUGCUGGAGAGGAGCCCGGCGGGCCGACGCUGUGCUGGCUGCACGCUGUCCCUUCUAUAGCUGGAAGAGAGUAUUGCUUAACCACCCUGCCACCUGCUACAGGACCACCUGUCCAGGUCCUUGUGACUCCCAUCCCUGCCAGAAUGGAGGCACAUGUAUUCCGGAAGGACCGGACAGGUACCAUUGCCUCUGCCCGCUGGCCUUCGGAGGGGAAGCCAACUGUGCCCCGAAGCUGAGCCUGGCGUGCAGGAUCGAUGUCCUCUUCCUGCUGGACAGCUCUUCUAGCACUGCCUUGGAGGGCUUCCUGCGGGCCAAGGCCUUCGUGAAGCGCUUUGUGCAGGCCGUGCUGAGCGAGGACUCCCAGGCCCGUGUCGGAGUGGCCGGGUACAGCAGGGAGCUGGCGGUGGCGGUGCCCGUCGGGGAGUACCGGGACGUGCCGGAGCUGGUCAGGAGCCUCGAUGGCCUUGCAUUCAGCGGCGGCCCCACCCUCACGGGCAGUGCCUUGCUUCAGGCGGCAGAGCGUGGCUUUGGGAGCCCUGCCAGGGCAGGCCAGGACCGGCCACGAAGGGUGGUGGUCCUGCUCACUGAGUCACCCUCUCAGGAUGAGGUGGCUGGCCCAGCGCGUCUCGUGAGAGCCCGAGAUCUCCUCCUGCUCGGCGUGGGCAGUGAGGCUGUGCGGGCGGAGCUGGAGGAGGUCACAGGCAGCCCAACACAGGUGAUGGUCUAUGCAGAGCCUCAGGACCUGUUCGACAAAAUCCCUGAGCUGCAGGGGAAGCUGUGCAUCCGGCCGUGGUCAGGCUGCCAGGCACAAUCCAUGGACCUGGUCUUCCUGUUGGACGCCUCAGCCUCCGUGGGACCCGAGAACUUUGCUCAGAUGCAGAGCUUCGUGAGGAGCUGUGCUCUCCAGUUUGAUGUGAACCCGGACGUGACGCAGGUCGGCCUGGUGGUGUACGGCAGCCAGGCGCGGACAGUCUUCGGGCUGGAUGCCCAUCUCACACGCGCUGCUGUGCUGCGGGCCAUGAGCCAGGCCCCCUACCUGGGGGGAGCAGGGUCAGCCGGCAUGGCCUUGCUGCACAUCUAUGACAAGGUGAUGACUGUCCAGAGGGGCGCCCGUCCUGGGGUCCCCAAGGCCGUGGUGAUGGUCACAGGUGGGAGGGGGGCAGAGGAUGCGGCAGUCCCCGCCCAGAAGCUGAGAAACAAUGGCAUCUCCGUCUUGGUCGUGGGCGUGGGCACUGUUCUGAGGGACGCACUGAGGCGGCUCGCUGGUCCUCGGGACGCCCUGGUCCAAGUAGCCGCUUACUCCGAGCUGCAGCACCACCAGGAUGCGCUCAUCGAGUGGAUAUGCAGAGAAGCCAAGCGGCCCGUCAACCUCUGUAAGCCCAGCCCGUGCAGGCACGAUGGCACUUGUGUCCUGCGGCGUGGGAGCUACCGCUGCGAGUGCCGUGAUGGCUGGGCGGGUCCCCACUGCGAGAACCGGGUCUUGAGAGGAGACGCCCCUGAGGCACAUGGUUCCCGCCAGGAUCCCACUGGAGGGCUGCACACACCCGGCUUGCAGCAACCGCAGCGGCCUCGGCACCCUGGGAGCUGAAAGGGUACUGCCUUCGGCAGAGCUCAUCUUCUGAGUCCUCCUGUGUCUGCUGCCUGCUCUGUGCCAGCCUUCCUUCCUCCUAGCCUCCGACAGGGACAUCCUCACUGCGGCCCAUGGUGCAUGGGACAACAGGAGCGGCUGAUGUCACCUCCUGACAACAAUAGUGAUGCUGAAAAUGCUUCCUGAUAUGUGAGUAAAUACCUUCUGUGCCCGUUUACCUUGUUGAGGAUGUCAUCUGCCACUUUCCCCGAGGAUAAACAAAGGAUAAUGGAGAAUUCUGACAGCUUGUGUGAGAUUCGCUUUUUGCACAGAAGUUUUGCCAGACAGGAUUUAGUUGAGACAGAAAGCUCCAAUAGGAAGCCUCAUCUGGGCCACCAAAACCAUGGCCUUUCCAAAUGGAAAAGUGGGGACUGUGCCACAUCCCAAAAGAUCACCAGUAUGCAUUUGCUUUGAGUUUGAAAAGGGACUUCUAUGGUACUUGUGAUUUCUGGCGACAGAGCGACCUUUUCAGGUCUCUGACUACAUUUGACCAUUGACCUGUUUGGCUGAUGGGGGAGGGGCUAAGUGUGCAGAUGGUCCAGUCUGGAGGGGCCACGAGUCACCGGUCCAGAUACCGGGCACCAGCUCCGUGGGAAGUCUUCCUUUUCAAGAUGUUUUUGCAGGAGGGACUCACUGUAGGUUCUUACCGAAACUUGUUUUCCACAGCUUUUAGUGGGGGCAAAGAAGAGUUAGAAUUC